CUUAUUACUCUCUUCUUUCUUAUACUACCAUUUACUAUUUGAUAUUUGAAUUCAGGCAGUUAUGUGCACCUACAGUGCGAACAUGGCCACUGUAUAUGCCACUUUACUUACCAGUCUGAUGAUAGAGGUUAUAAUUCAACUACGUCUAAUAGAAGAGACCUUGCAGUACACCACUGACAGUGAUGGGUUAAAACGGUGUAUCGAACGGCAUGCCCAGGUUUUACUGUUCUUCAAAAAGGUGCAGAGCCUAUGUGGGCUGGGAAUAUCUUUCAUUUUGUCUUGUGGAGUGUUUAAUAUGUGCACUAGUAUGUCGCUGCUUCUACAGGUCCAGCGUUCAGAUAUGUUGUUUAUUCUACCCUAUAUCAUUGUUAUCCUCACGAUUAUAGCGAGAAGAUGGCGUAUGCAAUAUAUGACUCUGGAUGGGUAGAUGGUGAUAUACGACACAAAAAAUUGACAAAUCUGUUUAUUUCACUAAACAGACAGCCACUGGCUAUACGUCUAUGUGGUGGAAUAAGCAUCGCAUCGUUGCCACUUUUCGUUAGGAUCAUCAAAUCAACCUAUUCUGCCUUUACCAUAUUACAAACGUUUCAGUAGCUGUGGACAUCUACUCUUGUGAUGUGAAUCAGAUCCUGUGCAUUUUAUAAAUUUUAUUAUAC